AUGGAGCACCCUCCGUCGAGCACGCAGCAGCAGCACCACCACCAUCGCGAGCACCGCCGCCUGACCAAGAAGGCCCCGCCGCCCGUCGCCUACAACCAGCACCGUUCGCUGCGCCGCGCUCCCUCCGCCCCGACCUACCCGCACUUCCACUCGCUCGGCCAUCAGCGCAGCCCGACGGGCGAGUUUCCCUCCUCGUCCAGCUCCUCGCUCGAGCGCCAGCAGAACGCCCUCGACGACUCCGCAUACGCUCACCAGCAGCGCCAGCAACGCCGCUCCGUCACCGAGAAGAGCUCCGCCGAGCUCAUUGGGUCGCCGUUCGACGCCCAGGGCCUGUACCAGAACAUCAACGCCAUCAGCUCCAAGUCCAGCUCGCCCUCGCGCCCGCCGCCCCCGCAGCACUCGCACACGGCGGAUGCCCGCCUCUUCACCCCGCGCCUCAGACAGUCGGCCAGCUUCGCAGCGCUGGGUCGCAAGAUGGAGGCCCUCAACCCCGCAAGGUCCGACGACAACCACCACAAGCGCUUCUCGGGCGAGGUAAAGCCCUCCAAGCUCACCCGCCCUGACACCCUCAAGAAGACCAAGACCGGCUUCACCAACUUCGUGAGCGGCCUCGUCGGCUCGCCGCGCCGUCCCACCAUCAGCACCCCAACCAACCCGCUCCACGUCACCCAUGUGUCGAUCGACAACGACACUGGCGAGUUCACGGGAUUGCCGCGAGAAUGGCAGAACAUCCUCAAAGCGAACGGUAUCACCGAGCAGGAUCAGACCCAACACCCCGAGGCUCUCGUCGAGGUCGUCAACUUCUUCCAGGAGAGCCAGGGCGGCCGCGCCGACGAACACAUCUGGGACAAGCUGGGCCAUGCCCAACCGAGCAGCAACAUUGUGUCGCAGCAAGCUGGCGGCAUGACGCCGCUGAUGAGCCCACCCGUUAGCCCUCGUUUCCCCCGCAAUGCCGAAGACUCUUUCGAGAACCCUCGUGCGCCGCCUCCCAUCCCCCGCCCAGGUCACGCCUCGACCCAGGCCCCGUCGCCCAACGGCGAUAUGGUCCCGCAUCGUCCUGCGCCCCGGCCGCCGCAGGCCCAGCCGCAGCCCAAGGUUAUGCCGCUUCGCCCCGCCCCGCCUGCGCCCGCUGGCAUGGAUCGUGUGCCCGAAGAUCACUCACCUGUCUCGUAUGCUUCGCCCGUUGCCAAUGAGAAUGCUCACACUAAGCCAACCGGUCAACUUAGUCGCUCGAAUACGACCACGGACCCAGCCCCCACGAAUUACGGCCAGCCCCCGACGCAAGGCUCCACGCAGCAAUACCAAGCCCAGCAGGAGCAGGCCAUGCUCGCGGCUCAGCAAUCCAUUGCUCGUCAGCAGGCGCAGAUCGAGCGGACUCGGAGCCAGCGACACUACCAGCAGAACCCUCCUUACCAGCCACCAAACCCACAGCAGCAGUUUGCUCAAGCAACCGACCCGAACAAUGCUCCCCAUACUACCCAGGCACCGCGCAUGGGCCCCGCUCCUCCUGGUGGUCGCCCUGGUCAACGGCGGCAACGGCAGAGUGCUCAGCCUAGCGAUAUCAUCCAGAGGCUGAACGCGAUCUGCAACCCUUCGGAUCCCACCACCAUGUACAGAAAUCUCACCAAGAUUGGACAGGGAGCUUCCGGUGGCGUUUUCACCGCGUACCAGGUUGGCACCAACCGUUGCGUUGCCAUCAAGCAGAUGAACCUGGACCAGCAGCCGAAGAAAGAUCUGAUUAUCAACGAGAUCCUGGUUAUGCGCGAAUCCAAGCACCGGAACAUCGUCAACUUUAUGGAUUCGUUCCUGGUCAAGGGUGACCUCUGGGUGGUGAUGGAGUACAUGGAGGGAGGUUCGUUGACAGACGUCGUUACCUUCAACAUCAUGAGCGAGGGCCAAAUCGCUGCUGUUUCCCGCGAGGUUCUCUGCGGCCUCCAACACCUGCACUCGAAGGGAGUUAUUCACCGCGAUAUCAAGUCGGAUAACAUUCUGCUGUCGUUGGAGGGUAACAUCAAGCUCACGGAUUUCGGUUUCUGCGCGCAGAUUAACGAAUCCGAGCGGAAGAGGACAACGAUGGUCGGCACGCCAUACUGGAUGGCUCCGGAAGUUGUCACGAGGAAGGAAUACGGCCGGAAGGUCGACAUCUGGUCGCUAGGCAUCAUGGCCAUCGAGAUGAUUGAGGGAGAGCCUCCGUACUUGAACGAGUCUCCCCUUCGCGCUCUUUGGCUCAUUGCAACCAACGGUACUCCUACCAUUAAGGAGGAGCACAACCUCACGCCUGUUUUCAAGGAUUUCCUUGCCUUCGCUCUGAAGGUUGAUCCUGAUAAGCGUGCGAGCGCCCACGAUCUGCUCACUCACCCGUUCAUUCAGACGGCUGAACCCCUCGCCACUCUUGCGCCCCUGGUCAAGGCCGCCAGACAGGCCCGCGCUGAGGAGCGGCGCAAGAAGGGUGGCGCUUAG